UUUUGGAUAGUGGGUCAGAGUUGGUGUUUGACUUUCAAGUCUCGAACUUUUCCUACAGCAUUUCAAUUUCAACCUAACCCAUUAUUAAUGAAUUAAUUAAGUAUUAAUUAAUUACGGAUAUCAUUAAUUACUCCGCUUUUGUUUCUGCCCUUAUUUUCCUUUGUCGCCUCUCUCAAAUUUUUUUCUCUUCAGCAAAUUCUCUCCGAUCACGACCUCCUCAGCCGACGACUCUCCUUUUGGAUUCCGGCCGUUUCGAGAAGACCCAAACACAUUAUCGAGAAAGAAAAGAGGAGGAAAAAAAGAUUUGAAGCCUCGUUCGAUUCAAUUAUUAGGGUUUCGAUUUUAAUCGUAGUAUACCUGUAAAAGAGAGUGAAGAAAAAAGAAAAAAGAAAAAAAAAAAGAGAAGAAGAGAGAUUGAUAGUAGAGGGAGAGUUUCGUCGAUUAAUUUUAGCUGUAUUUUCCUCUUUUGUAGCUUUCUCUGGAAUUCAAUAAAAAAAUCGAAGGAUAUUGUUUUUUUUUUUUUUUUUGAUUUUUUUAGUUGAUCAAUUGUUUAAUAUAAUUGAUCAUUUGUUUAAUAUAGCUAUUUAUAAAUAUAUUUUUUGAUUGUUGAGUGUUGAUCGUUAACUGUUAUUGGUAAUAAAAAAAAGGGAGAUUUUGUUGUUAUAUUGUCAUCAGCUUAUUUUUCUUCUUUCACCCAAUUUAAGAGAGGAAAUCUCUUGAAACAAAUCAAUUGCUGAGAAGAGGAUAGUUGAUGGGUAGCCCUGGAUUGAGUAAUCAGGCUACUGCAGCUCGUAUUGGAUUAUCUGAGCCGAUUUCAACUGGCGGCCCAAGUGAGUUUGAUGUUAUCAAGACUCGUGAGUUGGAAAAGUUUCUUGUAGAUGCGGGAUUGUACGAAAGUCAUGAAGAAGCUAUCGCAAGGGAGGAAGUUCUUGGUAGAUUGGACCAGAUUGUGAAGACGUGGGUGAAGAAUAUUAGCCGUGCCAAAGGUUAUAAUGAGUCGAUAGUACAGGAGGCAAACGCAAAAAUUUUCACAUUUGGUUCUUAUCGGCUUGGGGUACAUAGUCCUGGUGCUGAUAUAGACACCUUGUGUGUUGGACCAAAGCAUGCCACUCGAAAUGAAGAUUUCUUUGGCGAACUUUACAGAAUGUUGGUGGAGAUGCCUGAAGUACAAGAGCUGCAUUCAGUAUCAGAAGCUCAUGUUCCAGUGAUGAAGUUCAAAUUCAAUGGUGUCUCUGUUGAUCUACUUUAUGCAAACGUGUCCCUCUGGGUUAUUCCUGAAGAUUUGGAUAUUUCACAAGAAUCUAUUCUGCAAAAUGUGGAUGACAAGACUGUUCGUAGUCUCAAUGGUUGUAGGGUUACUGAUCAAAUAUUGCGCCUGGUCCCAAAUAUUCAGACUUUUCGUACUACACUGAGAUGUAUGAGGCUAUGGGCGAAGCGGCGUGGAGUUUAUUCAAAUGUCACGGGUUUUCUUGGUGGUAUUAACUGGGCGCUGCUUGUUGCCCGCAUUUGCCAGCUGUACCCAAACGCUCUUCCCAGCAUGUUGGUGUCUCGUUUUUUUAGGGUAUACAAUUUGUGGAAAUGGCCAAAUCCUGUGAUGUUGUGUCCAAUCGAACAAGGAUCUCUAGGACUUAACUUCUGGGAUCCUAGAAGAAAUCACAAGGACACGUUACACCUGAUGCCCAUAAUAACCCCUGCAUAUCCCUGCAUGAACUCUAGCUACAAUGUCUCUUCAAGCACUUUACGUGUCAUGACCGAAGAAUUUCAGAGAGGGAAAGAAAUAUGCGAGGCAAUAGAAGCAAAUAAUGCUAGCUGGGAUUCUCUUUUCGAGCCUUUCGCCUUCUUUGAAGCAUACAGGAAUUAUCUGCAAAUUGACAUAGCAGCAGAGACGGCCGAGGACUUGAUGAAUUGGAAAGGUUGGGUCGAGUCCAGAAUAAGGUGGCUUACUUUAAAGAUUGAAAGGGACACAAAUGGGGCAUUGCAGUGCCAUCCAUACCCUGGAGAAUUUUCAGACAAGUCAAAGCCAAAUUAUCAUAGUUACUUCACUGGCUUGCGAAGGAAGCAAAGUCCCAACCCUCAAGCCACCACCGAACAAUUCGAUAUAAGGAUGACUGUGGACGAUUUCAAGCGCGAUGUGUACAUGUACAACUCCUUGAAGCCAACAAUGUGGAUCAACGUUUGUCACGUCAAACGAAAGGAGAUACCCAGCUUCGUCUUCCCAGGUGGGGUCCGCCCCCCGCCACCGCCAACUGGCAGAGGUUUUGAGAUCCGCCCCGUUGUUCAAAGAUUGCCCGGAUCGAAUUCCCCACAGCCCGAUAAUGCUGUUACGGGUCGGAAGAAGAGAAAGCAGCAGCAAGACGAAGCCAGUAAAGCUGCUGUUAGCGCUAGUGACUCCACUUCGUUGGAUGAUUCGCCUGCGAGGAAAAAAAUCCAGCUUAAUAAUUUCGCUGAUACUAUAAGUAACUCAGGAUUUCCUGGGAAUAUAUCCAGCAAUGGUCCUGGAAUUACUGGAUUCGGUCAAAGCAAAUUGAUCGAGCAAUCUUCUUCUGAACAGACUAUUAAUUUCCAAGGUUUAUCGGAAGAAAUUGAUGGGGUUGUGGAGUUGAAGAGUGAAAGUCAAUACGACGGUGAAAUUGAAGGUUUAAAAACAUCUGUGCCUGUCACACCGGGGUUAGCUACAGGAGUAGCAAUACCAGGGGAGGGGCCCACUUGUUCGGUUAUUCAACAAAAGUUUGAUUUGGAGGAGCUUGAGCCUCUUGAAUUGUCGGUAACAACUGCAACCGUGCCUACAUCAGCAAACAUGCCAACUCAGAAGCCCAUUAUCAGGUUCAGUUUCACCUCUUUGACUAAGGCAACUGGAAACAGUGCAUAAAGGGAUUUGCAGGACAUCUCGAGUUAUACGAUCGUUUCAAGUACGAAGAUGUAAUAAAAUUGUCGAGAAGUUAUUGAUUGUUUUCACCCUAAAUCGUUGUAAACUAUUUAUAUCUUUCGACUUUAUUAUGGAAAUCUGUUACUUAAAUACAUGCUUAAUGCAAAUCGAGAUUGUUUUCGACUUUUGGCUGUAUUACUAUGAGAUUUAUAUUUUGAUAAUAAAAUAAAAUAUUUUACCGAA